AGGGUUAACCCGCUGCUGUGCUGCUCAUUCAGUGGAGCUGUGAGACCAGAAGCUGUAGGAGGGCUGUACCCACCGAGCUCGUUCACUUACCCUGCUCUGGGCUUGGAUUCAUUCAUCAGCCUGCGCUCAUCUGGUUAGGGGAUUUAGGAGGGGCUGUUCUUCAUUCUGCACCUCAGUGAACCCCGAAGAGGACUCGGAGCAACCCAGAUGGCAACCAAAAUUGAUAAAGAGGCUUGCAGAGAAGCAUAUAACCUAGUGAGGGACGACACCAAUGGAGUUAGCUGGGUAACCUUUAAAUAUGAUGGCUCUACAAUAGUACCAGGGGAUCAAGGUUCAGAAUACCAAGAAUUUGUAAAUACAUGCACAGAUGACAUCAGGCAGUACGCUUACAUCCGAUUCACCACCGGGGAUGCCAUGAGUAAGAGGAUUAAGUUUGUGUUAAUCACCUGGAUCGGUGAAAAUGUCAGCGGACUCCAGAGAGCCAAAAUUGGUACAGACAAGACCCUGGUAAAAGACGUAGUGCAGAACUUUGCCAAAGAAUUAGUGAUCACAGAUCAUAAAGACCUGGACGAGGGCUACAUUAGAAAUGAGUUGAAGAAAGCUGGUGGAGCCAACUAUGAUGCCCAGGUUGAAUAACUUAAUUGCCCACCUGAUGCCCCCUGUCAGGUUCAGGCACAGAAGGUAACAAUGAAAGCAACUGGAAACUAGGGGAAGCUGGAAGAAAGAAUGACUGGUUACUUUGCGUAUGUCCCACCACGGCUCGCCUACUCGCCCUGGACCACUGGAAUUAACUCAUCUACACCAAGAUAUUUCUGCUCAUUUGUUAUAUUGUGGCUGUUUCUUCCCAACAUGCCCCCAGUAUGAUUGAUUGGCUUAGCCAUCAGAAGGUCCAAAAACAUACCAGUUUGCAAACGUAUGUUUCCAAUUGUAUGAAGCUUGACUGGACUGAUGGUUAUCAAGACAUUUAUAGAAUGGGGUGCCAGACAUCAAUUAAACAUAAAUUCCCAAAGCAAACAAGGCAGUUCUGCUACAUCCAGCUAUGUGUUAUGAUAGCAGGCUUUAUGGCUGAAUGCUUUUUGGGGUCUUUUUUUUUUGAGGGGGGGGUAAUCUCAUUGCAGCAGCAGCACAAACGUGGGCAGCUCUCACUAGGUACAAGAUGAAUGAAGCAUUACAACUCAUCAGCCGAGGGUCUGGAAGUGCCUGCGGCCUUUGGCAUAUGCAAUAAGCCAUUGUUCUGUACAUGUUAUAAAAAGUGACAAAGUAUCUUGGUGUAAUUUCUGUGGCGUAUGAUUUGCAAAACUAGCAUGGAAGAGCAGAGUCACCGACGCAGAAGAAAGUAUUGCAUAUAACUGGGUUCUUGCUGGCGCGAAUGCUUGCGCUCAGCAGAGGUUGGUAAAUGGGCUCCUGUUACCCUAGCUAUGCCUUCUGCAAGUUUGUCAUUAAUAUUUUACCGACCAAGCAAAAAAUGAACUGGAAUGGGAUACAUGAAAGUAUCACUGCUAAGAAACCACAAACAAUAAAGAUUUUUUUCCAGA